UGUGCUUCACUCAUUUGUCUCUCACUCAGAAACACACCUCAAACAAAGAAAAAAUGAAAUCCUCUGACGGAGCUUCUACGAACGAAAAGCUCUUAGAAAAUGGAACUUCUUCUUCUUCUUCCCCCAGAAAAGGUGGCUUGAGAACCAUGCCUUUCAUCAUCGUGAACGAGUGUUUGGAGAAGGUGGCAAGCUAUGGAUUAUUGCCUAACAUGAUAUUGUACUUGACCAGAGAUUAUAACAUGUCUGUUGCCGAGGGCACAAACGUAAUUUACAUUUGGUCUGCCAUGUCUAAUGCCUUGUCCAUCUUCGGAGCUUUCCUCUCUGAUUCUUACUUGGGUCGCUUCCUUGUCAUCUGUAUUGGUUCUUUCUCAAGCCUUCUAGGUUUAACCCUUUUGUGGUUAACUGCCAUGAUCCCGGAGCUAAAACCUUGUAAUUCUUUCGACCAAGUCUGCAACUCUGCCACAACAGCCCAACUAGCAGUGUUGUUGCUUUCCUUUGUAUUUAUUUCCAUUGGAGCUGGUUGUGUCAGACCUUGUUCCAUAGCCUUUGGAGCUGAUCAACUAGCAACUAAAGAAAGAUCUAUAGGUGGUGAAAAGCUCUUGGAUAGCUACUUUAAUUGGUACUAUGCCUCAGUUGCUGCUUCAGUCGUUAUUUCAUUGAGUGUAAUUGCGUACAUUCAAGAAAAUCUGGGAUGGAAAAUCGGGUUUGGCAUACCAGCAGCGCUUAUGUUCAUAUCAGUUCUCAGUUUUAUCCUUGGUUCACCAUUUUAUGUCAAAGUGAUUCCCGGUUAUAGCUUACUCACUAGUUUCGUGCAAGUAGUUGUAGUGGCAAUAAAGAACAGAAAUCUUAGUCUUCCUGAAUGCAACUUUGAUGAGUAUUGUCAAGAGCCUGAUUUGGAGCUGAUGGUCCCCACUGAUAGCCUUAGGUUUUUGAACAAAGCUUGCAUAUUGCGGAAUCCUGAGACAUUCUUAAACCCUGAUGGAUCAGUUUCAGAUCCAUGGAACCAAUGCACAGUAAGACAGGUGGAGUCACUUAAAUCUUUGCUCAAAGUCCUCCCUAUGUGGUCCACAGGCAUCUUUUUGAUGGUGUCUCAAGGCUCAUUCUCUACCCUCCAAGCAAAAACCAUGGACCGGCAGUUAAUCGGUGAUUUCGAGAUACCUGCAGGAUCCUUUACUAUUAUCAUGGUAAUAACUGUAACAAUAAUCAUUCCCAUAUAUGACCGCAUAGGAGUACCUCUACUAGCAAAAUACAUGGGCAUGCCUAGAGGAUUCAGUUGUAAAUUUCGAAUUGGGUUAGGAUUGUUCUUUUCAUGGGCAGCUAAAUCAACAUCAGCUGUAGUUGAAACGAUGAGGCGAAGCGAGGCCAUUAAAGAAGGCUUUGAGGACCAACCUAAUGCCGUGAUUCACAUGUCAGCUGCAUGGCUAGUUCCAGAGUUUGUUUUGCUUGGAAUGGGUGAGGCUUUCAACGCAGUUGGGCAAAUUGAGUUUUUCUACUCAUAUUUCCCCAAGAGCAUGUCUAGUUUUGCAAUGGCUCUUUUCACCCUUGAACUAGCUGCUGCUGAUGUAGUGGGAAGUAUGAUGGUGAACAUUGUAGACAAACUCAGUAGUAUGGGAGGGAAUGAGAGUUGGAUAUCAACUAACAUCAACAAGGGCCAUCUGAAUUACUAUUAUGCAAUACUCUCUUUCAUUGGUAUACUUAACUACCUCUACUUUCUUGUUAUUUCUUGGGCUUAUAGUCGUCCUCAGAGACAAAAACUUGAAGCUUCACCAGGCAAGGAAGAUGAGCAAUUUGAUUACAGGGAGUUACCUGCUUCUUAGGUUACAUUUUAGUAUGCAACAGUUACUGCAAACAUAUAAGAAUUUGUAUUAUUGUAGAAGGCGUCUGGAAAACAAUUGGUUAAACAUAUAUCUGUGCACUUAAACAAUAUUUUGGUAAUUUCUAUACUUAAAUUUGUUGUCUGAGAGCCAACUUAUUAGUGAUAUUGAUUGUAUUUUUGUAUUUAACUCUAAUUGUUUUAUCAUCCAGGAUUAAAAUAUAAAGAACCUUGACC